AUGCCGCUCGUUGUUUUAACGGGAUACCCGUGCUCCGGUCUUACUUACCGCGCCAAUCAACUCGCAUCUCUGUUUGAGAAACACCAAGAUGAAGUAUUCGCAGCAGCCAAAGCAGGCGCACAGGUCUCCUUGAAGUCUCGAUACAAGGUCCAUGUGGUCGCUUCACACGACUCCUCUCAUCCACGGAUUGUUUACGACCAUGCCCGCACCGAGAAGGAGGCGCGCGGCGUCGCCUACGCGAGAGCCAAGCGGGUGCUCAAGCGGGACAGCAUCGUCAUCCUCGACGGAAUGAAUUAUAUCAAAGGAUGGAGGUACCAGCUGUGGUGCGAGGCGAAAGCUGCGCAAACAACAUGCUGUGUGGUUCACGUCGGGACACCCAUCGACCAGUGCAUCGCCAACAACGACGCUCGACUGCGCCGAGACGCUAGCAAGGAAGCAGAUUCAAAGAUAUCGGAUGCGCAGACCUUAGAAACUCAAGAUACCCCCACGCCCGACUCCGCAGAGUCCACCGAGGAGGACACGGAGGAGGCCUACCCUUCUGAACUGCUCAAUAACCUCAUCUUCCGCUACGAGGAACCAAGUACCCACAGCCGCUGGGAUAAGCCCCUUUUCACCGUUCCCUGGGCGGACCUAGAACCCCCGGUAGCAGAUAUCUUCGAAGCCUUGACAGGCGUAGUCCUCCAAUCAACCGAAGCUCCCACUGAAACAGCCCUCCCAAGCCUACUGGAUUCCCUCGCGUCCACCACCAUCUCAGACGUUGCUAGCACAGCUACAGGAACUCGAGGUGGCGGCCGCAGCGGGCUCUCAAACCGCGCCCGAAUCAUCCCGCACCAAGCCACUGUGCAAGCAGCGGCAACAGACUCAAACGCAAUGUACGCAAUGGAAAAGCGGACAUCGGCAGUCGUGACCGCAAUACGCAAUUUCACGCAGAAAUACCCAUCGGCCGAAGUAGCACUUGCGCAGAGCGAUCGCGCCGAUGCAAUCGCCAUUGACAUUCCCGAGACAACGAUUGCCAUCCUUGUUCCGUCCCAUGUCGCCAUGACUGGAACGACGGAUGAACUCGCCGCUGCUGGUGGAGUUUUGGCUCUGCCGCGGCUCCAGCGGCUGCGAAGACAGUGGAUUGGUUUGAACAGAUCGUACAUUGGUCGGGGUCAUGGCUCUGGAGGCGGUGCGCUGUCGGCUGAUCAGAUUGGAGAUGCGUUUGUGCGGUUUCUCAAUGCUGAGUUCUCGGGUGUGGUUGUAGAGGCUGCUGAAGAAUAG